AUAAGAGGAUGUCAAGUGAAUGAUCCACGUGUAUAACAUCCACACUAUAAGAGACGCUUACGAAUGUGUUACCAUCUCUCAUGUUCCUGGUACUAAAAACAUCCUGAAUAUCAGCUGUUGUCUGCAGAUAGGGAACACCAUGGAGCACGGGGAGAUGUGGGUUUUUGGAUACGGGUCUCUAAUUUGGAAGCCAGGGUUUCAAUACCGAGACAGUAAACCUGGGUUUAUCCGAGGGUACGUCCGCCGGUUCUGGCAAGGAAACGACUCUCAUAGAGGGAUUCCAGGAAAACCUGGAAGAGUGGCCACGUUAGUCGAAGACAAAGAGGGGAUCACGUGGGGUCGAGCUUUUCAGCUUCGGCAGGAAGAUGCGACUUCCUCGCUCGAGUACCUCAACAACAGGGAGUCAAAGCUAGGGGGCUACGUCACUACCAUUGUCCACUUUCAACCACGCGAUCUUAAAGAUCCGCCUAUCCCGGUGAUGCUAUACGUAGCGUUGCCAAGCAACAGGAUGUAUCUUGGGUCAGCUCCCCUACCUGAAAUAGCUGACCAGAUUGCCCAGUCUGAGGGCCCUAGUGGGCAUAAUGUAGAAUAUCUGUACCGUCUGGCGGACUACAUGCGCGAGACUUUUCCUGACGUCUGGGAUGCCCACCUUUACAGCCUGGAGCUGUUGGUUAAAGCGAGACUCGAGGAAAACAACAUUUCGCCGCAACAUCUUAUGGGCGAGAAAUACCUUACGUCUUCGGAUCUUGCUCGGCACCAGUCGGAUGAUACCGAUUCGGACUCGGCGGCAAGCAGUCCAAGACCCGACGUAGCAAUUCGCAAUGGCUUCGACUUUGCUUCACAUGUACCUUCACGAAAGCUACGUUGCCUCGACCUCUAGCGGUAAUAAGGAGAGUGUUAAGCUUGGUUACCUAUUCAGGGGUCCAAACCGUGUUAGAGUUCUUGUUAAGGCAUAAUCUACAGUCUAUCAAAUAAUUGGAGAUGUAUACACUGCAUAUACAGGAAUCCUUAUAGUUCUCAGCCGUUGUAAACAGUGUUCCGUUCAGACAUACAUUAUUUUCAUUUUGUAUUUAUCACUCUCUUACGUGACUCGGUAACCGCAACAAAAAAAGAACAAUGUUAUUUUUAUAAAGCAUUUACUUUAUUUAUAUUAAGCAGUUUUUGAUAAACAUCACUGUGCUAUACGGAGUGUAUAAAUGAGUUAUGUAGAGUUACGUGCUUUUAAUUUAUUUUUCUCUAAGCCUAAGUGCCCUGUCUUCUAUGUAUGUCAUUUGGCACAACAAUUCGUUUUCCUUACUAUUUAAAAAAUAUAUAGUCUUCUCUCUCUCUCUUAGAUAUCUUCGCUUCCCUACUUUUAACGUUUCGAUUGUUUACCUGUUUAAAUCGGCAUGUUUUUAACCAGGAAUGAUUACUCGAUUAUACUUUAUAGACAGCAAAAUAAUAUGUACAUUACGGUUGCAUUUAUAAAACUGCGUUCUCGGUUGUAAAAUCCACGGUCUUCCUAUAACUUACCAAAAGUUUUUUCUACUACUACUCGGUGAUCUGUACCAUCUGAGUCGAGUUCGUCUUUCUCUAGUGUGAUAGAAUUCUUUAGGUGGCGCUAUUUCAGCAAAAUCUUGAGGGGGGGAUAAAGUUGAAUUCUUAAUUUCUACAAAACUGUUGAUAACGUUUCGGAGUUCGUACAUCAAUUGCAAUAACUACUUAAGAACCAGAAGGUUAUAAAGAACAGAAAAGGCAUAGAAGUUUCGAUGUUAUAUAAAUAUUAGUAAUUUCCUAUAAACAUAACCCGUCAACAGGAUAUAUUACAUUUCUCAAAAAGAUAAAUAAAAACUAGGCCUGGGUUGGGAGGCUGCACCCCAACCCCAUUGUCGUCUAGUUUCUUUCUAAUAAUUCAUAGCAUUUAUUCUAAUUGUAGGAACGUGCAACAAUCCGGAACUGACAUGUUCAAUAGAAUAUUUAUUUUCUAAAUUAUUAGAUUACCAGAUUAUUUAUAUAUAUUAUAUUACUGAAUAAAUAAAUACGACGCUUUUAGUGUUAAUUUCCAGUUCUACUUAAAAUGUGGUAAAAUGCUUGGUGGGCAACAUUAAAAUGAACAACACCCACACCCUUCUCUCCGAAAUGAGUGUUGUGUUCGGACAAAAGACAACAAAUUAAAAUGUUUGUUUUUCACUAAUUCCAAACUAGGCCAUUAUGUUUGAAAUAAGUGCCUAUAAAAAAUGUUUUGACAUGGCCCUAGUGCUUGGUAGCUGCUACUGUACAUUUAUAGUCCAUUUUUACAAUCCUCUCCACUUGUGAUAAUAAAUAUAAAUAAAACUGUUGGAAACUAAA